AUGGUCGACGUUGAGCACGUAGACCCACCCACGGAUGGUGACGAAGGGGCCUCCGAUUCAUCGGUGGACCCAGCCACCAGGAAACGGAGGAAGAAGGGGAGACCGCCCACGACGUACGCGGGCAUUAAGAAAAAGAAGAAGGAGGAGUGUCGGCGAGAGAUCCAGAGGCUCAAGGCCGAAAAGAAGGCACUGGAGGAGGUGUUGAACCCAAAGGUUCUGCCCCGGGACACCACUCCAGAGAGAACAACGGUCUCGCAGAUGGAAGGCCUUAACAAUGAACAGAUUGCAGCAGAAAUGCUGGAAAAUGUCAAUGUGGUGCUUAAGGUAGCCGAGAGAUCAAAAAAUCUCAAGGGCACCUAUGUUAAGGAACUAAAGGUGUGCUCGAAGAAUCUCCGAGCAGCAGCUACCGUGGUAGCCAGGAAGACGGCGGGCUCCUGCGGUAGACAGAUGGAGGAGGAAACUGAGAGGCUGAGGGAGAAAGUAAAAAGCCUCGAAGAACAGCUGGGAAGACUAAUGGUGCUUCUACAAGAGGAAAGGGAGGCCAGACCAAGAGCGGAGGGGGCGGAGAAACAUGAGGAAAUGGCAGUGGAGAUGCCAGACGACCACCUUCCUCAAACUCGAGCCCAGAGCCCUGCGAAGCCGAUGACGACUGCGAAGCCUGCGCGAUCCAAGGCCCCAACCAAAAAGCAGGAGAAUGGCAAGACGGAGAAACCGGUGGCGGCCCAAAAGGGCGAUGAACUGGUGCACCGCCCGAUGGUAAGAGGAGUGAGGAAGGCGAUGGAGGAACCAUCGCCCGAAGAAGCCAUGAAGGGAGUAAAGAAGGUCAUGGAGGGGGUCUCCAUUAAAGAGAUUACUAAAGGAGACCCGCAAGACGUAAGACGGAACCUGGAGAACCUGAUUACCAGGUGCCAGGGAGCGUUAGUCCGCAUUCCAAAGGAACGGAAGCCGGGUAAAGGAGACAACCCGAGAAACCUGCCCAAGAUCACUAAGGUGGAGGUGGUCAAAGUCAAGGACAGGUUACGGGCUGAAGCUAAGAAGACCGCGGCGCAAAUAGUACGCGGUACCAAGGAGGAGAAGGCGUCGACGGAAAAGGCCCCUGUCAACCAGGCCACCGACUGGGUGGAGGUUGUCAGGAGGGGGAAGAAGAAGUCGAUGGGUGUGAGGCAGGAACCUGCGGCGAAACCGGGGAAGCCGGAAACUGCGGCGGCCGCAAACAAAGCCGCAGGGAAAGCGCCGAGAGAGGAGAGGAGAAAAGGGGAACCACCAAAAAGGAGGACGCCUAAAUCCGCGGCGGUGGCAAUCACCUUCCCAGAAGGGCAGGCGGGAGAGGGGAUGCGAUACCUCAGGUCGAAAAUCAACCUGGAGGACCUGGGUAUCGAAAAUAUCAAGCACAGGAGGGCACUAAACGGGGCUACCCUGCUUGAGAUACCGGGAGGGGAGGAGGCGAAGGCUAAGGCCGACACACUGGCCAGCCACAUUAAGAGGGUCGCAGAGGAGAAGGGGGUCCGGGUCACCCGCCCUACCAAAAGGGCAGAGAUCCGUCUAAAAGACCUGGACGAAUCCGUAACAGACGAGGAAAUACGGAACGCGGUGGCUAAGGCCGGAGAGGGCCUACCGGACGAGAUAAAGGUGGGCCCAAUCCGACAGACCCCCAGUGGCCUCGGAACCUGCUGGGUUCAGUGCAGGGUCGAGGUCGCAAAGAAAGCAGCAGCGGCGAGGAGGAUAAAGGUAGGAUGGGUAGCAGUCAGGGUGGAGAUGUUGGACCCGCGCCCCUUGGUAUGCUACAGGUGCCUAGAGAGGGGGCACGUUAGGGCCCAGUGCAAAAGUGCCAUAGACAGGAGCACAUUGUGCUACAGAUGCGGGAAAGAGGGGCACAAGGCGCAGGGAUGCAGUGAAAUCCCGAACUGCGCCGUGUGCAGCGGGAGAGGUAUGCCCUCCAAUCACAAGGCUGGAGGAGCGGCGUGCCGACCCCCAACCAAGGGAGAAAAGAAAAAGGCGGCCAGGAAGAACCGGAAGGAGGGUCAAACCGGAUCAGGAAAGGCCAAGAAGAAGGCGAGUGACGCAGAAGCGGGCCCGUCAACCGAGAGAGAGGAGCCCAUGGAGAUCGAGCAGGCGACACAGGGGACCAAGGAGCACUCGAGAGGGGGAAACAGCCAGGAGGAGGCUGGUAAAGCGGCGCCUUCACAGCAAUGA